CAAAAGUUCACACCCAGAUAACCCCAGAUAACAGCACAAUAAAAAUAAUAGUUUUGGCUUUUAAAUUUCAUAAUAAAUACGUACGGUGCUAAAAUUUUGUUAAACAUGGCUAGUUUUAUUAAGGAAGGCAAUAAAGUUGUUAUUUUACUGGCACCUGGUGAGAAUGAAAGUAAUGCAAACAGUUUUGUAGAGGAAAUCAAGAAAAUUGCCGGUGAAACUUUAUUGACAGACGCAGUUAACCUACAAAACAAAAAGUAUGAAUCAUCGUCAGUCGAUGUAAUUCUAUCAGGAUUCACAACUGCAUUUAUUCAAAACGAUAGUAUUCUGAAAGAAUUUCUCAAAAUUUUGAAACCAAAAGGUAUUUUAGUUAUUCGUGAACCUGUAAAAGAUAAGCAAUUGGAUUUUAGUGAUCAAAUCGCCAAAUUAAAGUUAGGAGGAUUUUUAUUGAAUAGUCAACCUAAACUGGUCAUUUUAAAUGAUAACAAUGACAAACCAACUUGUGAAAUUAUUGCAGAAAAACCACCUUAUGAAGUUGGUUCUAGUGUAAAAUUAUCUUUUGUAAAACCAGCCACAAAUGUUUGGAAGUUAGAUGAUGAAGAUGAAGAAUUGAUAGAUGAGGACAAUCUUCUCGAUGAUGAUGACAUUUUGAAACCUCAAGCAGCUUCAUUGAAAGUCUGUGGAACUACUGGGAAACGAAAAGCUUGCAAAGACUGUUCUUGUGGAUUAGCAGAAGAGUUGAGAGGUGAAGCUGCAACUAAGGAACAACCUAAGUCAUCAUGUGGCAGUUGUUAUUUAGGAGAUGCAUUCCGUUGUGCUAGUUGCCCAUACCUAGGAAUGCCAGCUUUCAAACCAGGAGAAAAAAUUGUACUUCCAGACAGUCAAUUAGCAGCAGAUUCGUAAUCAACUUCAUCUUUUGUAAAUAGAUUUUAUAUAAUUUAAUUAUAUUAUUGUUAUCAAACGAGUGUCCUCAAUAUCUGUUGUUUUAAGAUAAAACUUUGAGAAAAGAACCAAGAAUAAAAUAUAAUAAUGAUUUAAUGGUAUUUCAAAAUGAAUAAAAAGUAAUAUUAAAUGUACAAGAUAAAGUAUAUUUUGAUUAAUUAUUGUUAUACGUUUAUAAUAAUGAUAAUGUUUUUAACAUUUUGAUUUGAAAAUUAAUCAGUUAUUAACCG